GCAGUUGCUGCUGCAGCCCUGCGCUCAGCCUGGAGCAGAGCGGAUCUCACCCUCUGGAACGGAGUGUGCUGAACGUGCCCACCACGAGGCCAGGUACGGCUGGGGGAUAUAGAGCCACCAGCACAGGGGCGCUGGGCAGAAGGAGCCCACAAUACCUCCCCCAGUGCAUAGUGGGCUCUGGGCAGCUCUCCUUGUACCCAGAGACCCGGGCAGGCGUCUCAGCUUUCCGAGAGUCAGAAUCUUGCGAGCUCCAGAGCACAGAUACCUGACUGUCGGUGUGAGAGCGGUGUUCUGGGGUGGUCUCUGAGCCAUGGAGAUACCCCGACAGACAGAGAUGGUGGAGCUGGUGCCCAAUGGCAAACACUUGGAGGGGCUUCUACCAGUGGGCGUGCCUACAACAGACACCCAGAGGGCUGAAGACACCCAACACUGUGGAGAGGGCAAGGGCUUCCUUCAGAAAAGUCCCAGCAAGGAGCCACACUUCACUGAUUUUGAGGGGAAGACGUCAUUUGGGAUGUCAGUGUUCAAUCUCAGCAACGCCAUCAUGGGCAGUGGAAUUCUGGGGCUCGCCUACGCCAUGGCCAAUACGGGCAUCAUCCUUUUCCUGUUCCUGCUUACAGCGGUGGCCCUGUUGUCUAGCUAUUCCAUCCACCUGCUCCUCAAGUCUUCGGGGAUUGUGGGCAUCCGUGCCUACGAGCAGUUGGGCUACCGUGCCUUUGGGACCCCGGGGAAGCUAGCAGCAGCCCUGGCCAUUACACUUCAGAACAUCGGAGCCAUGUCCAGCUACCUAUACAUCAUCAAGUCUGAAUUGCCUCUUGUCAUACAGACCUUCCUGAAUCUGGAGAAGCCGGCCUCGGUGUGGUACAUGGAUGGCAACUACCUUGUGAUCCUGGUUUCUGUCACCAUCAUUCUGCCCCUAGCACUGAUGCGACAGCUCGGCUACCUGGGUUACUCCAGUGGCUUCUCUCUCAGCUGCAUGGUGUUCUUCUUGAUCGCAGUCAUCUAUAAGAAGUUCCAAGUUCCUUGCCCAUUGGCACACAACCUGGCCAAUGCCACCAGCAACUUCAGCCACGUGGUGGUAGCAGAGGAGAAGGCGCAGCUGCAGGGCGAGCCUGACGCUGCUGCUGAGGCCUUCUGUACCCCAAGCUACUUCACUCUCAACUCACAGACAGCAUACACCAUCCCCAUCAUGGCUUUCGCCUUCGUCUGCCACCCUGAGGUGCUGCCCAUAUAUACAGAGCUCAAGGACCCCUCCAAGAGGAAGAUGCAGCACAUCUCCAACCUGUCCAUUGCUGUCAUGUAUGUCAUGUACUUCCUGGCCGCCCUCUUCGGCUACCUCACCUUCUACGACGGGGUGGAGUCGGAGCUGCUGCACACCUACAGCAAGGUGGACCCGUUUGACGUGCUGAUCUUGUGUGUGCGAGUGGCCGUGCUGAUAGCGGUCACACUUACAGUUCCGAUCGUUCUGUUCCCGGUACGACGUGCUAUCCAGCAGAUGCUGUUUCAGAACCAGGAGUUCAGCUGGUUGCGGCACGUGCUCAUUGCCACUGGCCUGCUUACGUGCAUCAAUCUGCUGGUUAUCUUCGCCCCCAACAUCUUGGGCAUAUUUGGGAUCAUUGGUGCCACAUCUGCUCCGUGCCUCAUCUUCAUCUUCCCUGCCAUCUUCUACUUCCGAAUCAUGCCCACUGACAAGGAGCCUGCAAGAUCCACCCCUAAAAUCCUGGCCCUUUGUUUCGCUGCGGUUGGCUUCCUGCUGAUGACCAUGAGCCUGAGUUUCAUCAUCAUUGACUGGGUCUCUGGGACCAGCCAGCAUGGAGGAAACCAUUAGGAGGACCUCCAUUUUGUCCUGUCUAUUCAUCCUAGCACCCCCUGCCCUCUCUCUCUCCGGCCCCUGCUCCCAGCCAGGGGCUAAGUAAGGGGAGAGAGACGGGGAGAAAGACUCUGUAAAUACUAUGGCCUUUGGCUCCACCCAUAUCCUCUCCGUUGGAAGGUUUUUGUUGAAGAGCCAGGACCAAGGCCCAUGGACCACCCCUGCUGGGCUCCAGAGCUGCAGGGGCUUCCUGCACUAGGAACAGGGUGGGGCUGUCGUCGCCUUAGAUCCUAUGAAACCCUCCAUCCUCCUCCAGCAGCUGUGCACACUGAGGCCUAGCGGCCACCUCCUGAAAUCACACGGGCUGUAGGGGCACACAGAGCCAGAAAACCCAGGCCUGAAGACAUCCCCUAGUCCUGCUGAGAGGCCACAGUCUAAACCCAAGGGCCCGUCCCUGAUCUCCAGCCCUGUUUCCAACACUUGGGCCCCAAAUCUUGGAUAAUCUUGUCUUCUUUCCUCUCCUCCAUAGGGGACCCUAUCCCAUCCCAUAUUUGGGGUCAGCGGGUUCUGCUGAGGAUGGGGCUGGUAUGCACCCCAAGGGUUCCCUGCUGUGGGCCUUCACAGUUCAGGGGAGGCUGGGACUCCCACACCUCACGCCUGGGCCAUGACUUACAUUCCACUGCUGGGAGAGGGGAGGCCAGGCCCAGAGUAGCCUGCCCUUGGGAGUCAAAGACCCUAGAAGCCAGGCUGGCACAGGGAGGGGGAGGCUUGCCUUUUAUAAAUAUUAUACACAAGACCGA